AUGUCUGCUUUUGUCCCUUUGAAUGCUUGUAAAAUUGCUCAUCUUGUGCUCCGCGACGCGUUUGCAGCCACGCAACUCACAAAUUUCAUGUUCGACGGUCUACGCGCCGACUACACCAAAGCGUUUUCUCACAAACCCGCGUUCACUAUUUCGCAUGCUUUUACGCUCGCGUCGCAGACUCAGGACCCGACAUACACGCUCUCUUCGUAUUUCAUCGAUGACAACAAUCUACUACAAGGAAACGUCGAUCAUGAAGGAAACCUUGGAGGACGCUUGACCCACCAGUGGACGCCGUCCCACACGACAAGGGGCCAAUUGCAGCUUGGUAGCGCACCAGAUCGAAGCUUUCUUCAACUCGAGCACGAAAACUCUGGGGUCGACUAUUGCCUAAACCUCAAAGCCAUCAACCCAUCGCCAAUCGACGGCUCGGGCAUCUACUCUGCAAGUCUCUUGCAAUCCGUCUCCAAGCGUCUCGCACUCGGCAUAGAGACCAACUUUCAAAGCGCACCCGACGGUUCAGAUACGCUGACGACUUGGCACGCCAAAUACACUGGCCGACAAAACGACUGGAUUGCCACGGCUAGCUUCCACACGCUCGGGCUUUUACAAGCGUCGUAUUGGCACAAGUUGAGCCCUCAAGUCGAGGUUGCGGCCGACUUGCAGCUCAUUGCGACGCCCAUGAAGAGAGACGCCGUGGCGACGGUGGGAGCCAAGUGGGAUCUACGAUUGAGCUCGUUCAAGGCUCAGUUGGACUCGACAGGUAAACUCUCGGCGCUAUUGGAGCAGCGGCUUGCUCCCAACUUUGCGCUCCUCUUUACAGGAGAGAUUGACCAUUUCAAGAAUACGGCAAAGGUCAGGAUGGGCAUUAUGCUCGAGGCCAAUGCGGCUCCUACGACGAGGAGAUGA